GCAGACACAGAGAAGGUUGGGAAUAGAGUCUGUCAAUCUGCUGGGAGACUCAGCCAUGCCAGUCUGCCUCCCUGCACUGCUUCUCUUAGUUAUCCUAACUUGGUCAGCCACCAAUGGUAAGUAGAUAACUGCAAUCUCUAAUGUAAGAGUUCGUCAACUACACACUAUAGCAGGGAGUAGGCAAUCUUUGGCACUCCAGGUGUUGUGGACUACAUCUCCCAGAAUGCUCUCACAGCCAUAAUGCUGUCAAAGGAUCACGGGAGGUGUAGUCCACAUCAUCUGGAGUGCCAAGGGUUUCCUACCCCUGCACUAUAGAAUGGGAAAUGAUGUAAACUAAUAAUAUAUGCUUUUCUUUACAGUGUAAGUGAUGAUACAAGAUAUACAGUAUUUUUGUUUAAAAAAACACAAAAUAAAGUUUUAUUGGGCAAUGGUGGUUAUGAACUUUCCUCGGUAGAGUUUGAAAGAGUUUAGCAAUCACCUUGGAAACUAAUGAAAUAAUGCUACUAAUUCAUCAUUACACUAGUCUUUUGUAAACAUACUUUUACAUCUAAUUCCCAUAGAAUCCACUUUCGUGUGGUCUACACAGCUUGUAAUUUAAUAUUUUUGUGUGCAAAGCGGUGUAAGCAAAUUAUCUCAGAUUCCUAAUAAAAUGGUCUAGAUGGUUUGAGGUAUGAGAUUUUAGAAAGAAUAUAAAUCCCAAAAGAAUUGGCAACAUAAUCUGGUUUAAAUAGGACUUUGAAUUAUAACAUUUGUGAAAAAUCCCCAACAUCUCCACAAAUAAAAAAAAUAAUAAAAAAAAACGUAUUUACUUUGGGACAGUUUGAUGUCUGCUAAAAAAUUUGAAAUAUGAAUAUGGCUAUUUGCAGGCAGAUUCUGAGUUUUCAAUUCACUUGCUAUUUGCAAGAGAGCAAUGUAGAAGAAAAACUGAAAAGCCAGCUGGCAACAAAAUGCAAAUAAAAUAGAGCUAGGGUAAAAACAACUUAACACUAUCCCAGCUCAGCUACUGUGACCUAACUUCUACAACUCCGUUAUUAACUUCCAAUGAAUCUCUGCUUUUUUUUUUACAUUUUUUGUUUGUUUUUUGAACCAGGUUUGGCAAACAUUAUACAGGCACGGUUAGCUCUUGAAACUAGGCUACAGAUAUGUAACAGAAAAAUCUACUGAUUCUUUGUAAUAAACCAUUUGAGUAAAAUUGACAGGUAGAACACGUUCAUGCUAAACCUUCCAAACUCUCUGUAGUUAGACAGGACGUUUUCUAUUAGAUUAUUGCUGUCUGGAAAUGCUCAGGGUUUCUCUCAAGCAGGAGCUAGGUUGACUUCCAACAUUGAUUGGUUGCCGUCUAGUUUGCAGACAUCCGUUGUGAGCUAUGGGUAUGUGGCAUUGGGACAAUUGUGUUGUGGUGCUUGUGUUUAGCACCUCUAAUCUCUAACCAUUACCCUGCCUGCUCCGCCUCUAUAACAUCAUCAGUACUAAUGCAAUCCAAUGCUUUCCAUUAAAAAAACUUUAGGACAUUAGGGUACAUGAGCAACCAUAGCUUCACAAUGCUACUCUUAGGGAUACCAAGGCAUCUUCACGAGAAGAUCUCAUCUGUAGCAUAAAACGAAGAGCAGCCGAGAGGGUGCUAUCCAGAUGAUUUAAGAAAGUACCAAUUUCUCUUGAGAUCAGCACUAUUAUAAAGAGAGAAAAUAGGGACAUGUGCAUAAAGCAUUUCAACAAGCUGAAGUGCAUCUUUAAAAUAUGCAUGGCAUAUAAGGCUCUACCAACAGAGUUUGUGUUAUACUACAAUACUUUAAAAAACCACUUGAUUUAUUUUUACAUUUACACUGUUAAUACGGAUAUGAAGAUUACUUUAACUAUGGACAACAAUAACAACGUGUACAUUGUUCCUUGCUAGACAUGCACAGACAACAUUAGCAAAGACAUAAAACUAGCAAAGAAGCUGCAUAAACUAUGCAGCAUAGGUAUCUUUAAUUUAUUUCAAUCCUUCUUUCCAGCAUCAGUAAUCUUAAUUUGAUGAGCUGGAGUUUGAGCACUAUAAAUCUUUUUAUUUACUGUCACUACAUUUAGAGGCAUUACAAGUCAAUAUAAAAACUGGGGAAAUAGGUCAAUCCAAUAAAUAGUCGUAGUGAGUUGAUUUGCAGAAUGUAGGCUGAAAUAGAAAUAUAUUUAAAAAGUCACAACUUCAGAUUGAUUUGUAGAAAUAUCUACAAUGUGGGUAUCAGCUAAGUGCAAGUCACCUGCUAAACUGGCUAACAGUGCCAUUCUGGCUUUAAAGGGUUACUCCAACCACCACUUCUUUUUGAUGGUAAAGGAGUCUGAAUGUGCAGUGUUUCAGCUUGCAUAUAUAGAAACAUUUUUAAUUGUGUUCGGCAAUUGUCUCCCUGUGGCACACCUUUACUAUGCCUCUGCUUACAGGCAGCAUUAAGGUAGUUGCGGAACUAAGAGAGGGUAUGGUGCAAGAUAUUUCCCCCUACAUAUAGAGCUGGGGUGGCCAAUAAGUAGAUCCACAAUUGUUAUAAAACUCCAACGAUGCUUUAUCAGCUGGCGAUCUACCAUUUGUCUAUCUUUAGAUGGUUGUAUUUUUGAACAGUGUCUGUGUAUUGGAAUGUAGGCAUGUUUUUGUAUGGAAUCUGUGUAAAUGCCAGUGUAUAUGAAGGGGUGCAUUUGUGUGCAGUGCUUGCAUGCUAGGCUGUUUUCACAUAUACAAAAAGACAUACAGAUAUGCAAACACACAGAUAUACAUUCACGCAUAUACACAUUCACUGGCACAUACAGAUGCACUCACAGAAGAUGGCUAUUUCGGGGUUUGGUGAUAGGAGUGGGCUCCAUUCUGUCUCUACUCUCUGACUUUUCUGUCCCUGUGUUCCCCUGUAAAAACUGUAAACCAGCUCUACUGAGUUGUGUGAGUAUAGAGCAGGUGUAAAGAUUGGUUUUCUCCAGUUUGAAUUACACUCAUAAGGGUUCAAAAUAAUAAACUUUUAUUGAGUUGAAAAUAUAUCGCAAGAACAUACACUCAAUAUUUCAGCCCCAUUACCUUGAUGUUCUGUGAAAAAUCCAGUAAUGAGACUCAUAUAUAUAUAUAUAUAUAUAUAUAAUUCAAAAAGUUGCCUAGGUUCAAAUCCUGCGUUGAAUAAAUAUAGUUGAAAGAGAGAGCACUCAGAGGUCUUUUUCCAGGUGAUACAUGUAUUCAAUUUAAAUAGUAGUACAACCUACAUACCCUGUUUCCCCGAAAAAGCCCUAGCUUAUUUUUGGGGGAUGCUCGUUAUAAAAGCCCUACACCGAAAAUAAGCACUAGUCGCUAGUUCUCUAAUCUAUGUUCCGGACAUUUUCCCACAAACAUAGACUUACAGGGUUCCAUACAUGAGUAAGCUAAUCUAUGUUCUGGGAAGUUUUCCUUAACAUAGUUUCGCAGAAUUCCAUUCUCGAGUGAACUAAUCUAUGUUCGGGAAAAAGAGACCUGCUUUCUAGCACAUACUUGCUUUUCCCCGAAAUAAGACAUCCCCGGAAAAUAAGCUCUACUGCAUUUUUGGGGGGAAUGAUUAAUAUAAGACCUGGUCAUAUUUUUGGGAAAAGACUAUAGUUUCACUGAUUUGAUCUUGAAAAUAUAUAAAAUUAUAUAUUAAUAUGAAAUUACACUUAGAAUGAAAUUAUUAUUUUCACAAAAAUAUAAUGCCUGGGUGUAAUACUGCAUAAGAUAUAUCAGAAAAAAAAAGUAGUAGCAUCCCUUCUGGGUGCCUUCACGGACUGGAGGGGAGAAAUGUGGCAUCCAGCAGGGGAGGGAGAGGAGACCAGGGAGCUCUUGCUUGCAGCUCUGCUGGGUUACCAUGGCAAAGCUCCAUCGUCACAAGAGGGAACUCUUGCUCCAUGGGCUACAGGCUAAAGUUCAUUCCCCACAGGGACCACCAGAGCCUUUCCACCAGACCACCAGGGUUUCUUCCAGUGAAGCACAUUACUAUUAUUUAUAUAGCACCAUCAGAUUCCGUAGCGCUGUACAAUGGGUGGACUAACAGACAUGCAAUUGUAACCAGACAACUGGACGUACAGGAACAGAGAGGUGGAGGGCCUUGCUCAAUGAGCUUACAUUCUAGAGGGAGUGGGGUAUAGUGACACAAAGGGUAAAAGUAGGGGUACAAAGUAGGUUGUCAGAAAGGUAUUCACUGAGGGCUUAGUCAUGGGGGUUUGGGAUAAAAACAGUUUAACUGAUAUGCUUUCUUGAAGAAGUGAGUUUUCAAUGAUUUUUUGAAUGAGUGGAGAUUGGGUGAAAGUCUUACGGAGAAGGGAGUUCCACAGAAGAGGUAUAGCCCUGGAGAAAUCUUGGAGGUGAGCAUCAGAGGUGGGAGUACAGACAGAGGAUAGACGUACGUCUUUGGCAGAGCGUAGGGGCCUCGACGGGACAUACUUGUGUAUUAGGGAGGAUAGGUAGGUUGGAACAGCAUUUUAUGUAGGGACUUGCAAGCAAGCACCAGAAUUUUAAAUUGAGCCCUGUAUCUAACUGGAAGCCAUUGCAGGGACUGACACAGGCGUGGGAGGUGCGAGCGGACAAGAAAAUGAGCCUCGCCGCCGCAUUCAUUAUAGAUUGCAGCAGUGCAAUCUGGGAACAUGUAAGACCACUGAGAAGGGUAUUGCAGUAGACAAGGCGGGAGAGAACAAGAGCAUGGACCAGCACCUUAGCCGCAUCCAGGAUUAAAUAGGGGCGGAUGCAUGUUAUGUUUUUGAGAUGGAAGCGACAGGAUUUGGCAAUUGAUUGGACAUGAGGUAUGAAGGGAGGUUGGAGUCAAAAAGAACACCCAGGCAGCGAGCCUGCGAGGUAGAGGUGAUGGUAGCACCAUUGAUUUGGAGGGAGACAGACAUGGGAGUAGUAACACGUGAGGAAGGAAAGACCAGAAGUUCUGUUUUGGACAGGUUGAGUUUAAGGAAGGGAGCAGCCAUCCAGUUGGAAAUCGCAUAGAAGCACUCAUAGACACGAGUCAAGAUGGGCGCAGAGAGAUCAGGAGAGGACAGGUAGAUUUGCAUGUCACCUGCAUAGAAAUGAUAACAGAAGCCAAAGGAGCUGAUGAGUUUACCAAUGGAGGCAGUAUAGAUAGAGAACAGUAGGGGGCCAAGGACAGAACCUUGGGGGAUGCCGACAGAGAGUGGUUGGGGGGAAGAGGCAGAGUCAGAGAAAGAAACACUGGAAGGGCACUGGGAGAGGUAGGAGGAGCACCAGGAGAGAUCAGUAUCCCGUAGACCAAAAUUAUGGAGAAUGGGAAGAAGCUGUUGAUGAUCAACAGUGUCAAAGGCAGCAGAAAGAGCAAGGAGAAUUAGGAGAGGGUAAUGGCCAUGAGAUUUAGCAGCAGUUAAAUCGUUGGAUACUUUGGUCACAGCCGUUUCGACAGAAUGACCAGCAUGGAAUCCAGACAACCCUCUCGAGGAUCUUGGAGGCAAAUGGCAGUAGCGAGAUAGGGCAGUAGUUGGAUGGGGAGUUGGGGUCAAGGCUGGGCUUUUUCAGAAUUGGGGUUACAGUUGCAUGUUUGAAGGGUGAGGGAAAUGUGCCAGAGGAAAUGGAGAGAUUGGAAAUUUUAGUGAGAGGAAGAGCAGGAGACGGAGACUCUGUGUGUCUCUUAGCACCAGCACCUGUGUUUGUCUCUUUCUACCCUUCCACAGCCCCUCUGUGUUUCUCUUUUUCCCCUUCCCCAGCUCCUCUGUGUGUGUCUUUCUCCACUCAUGCCCUCUAUGUGUCUCUCUCCAUCUCCAAGUCCCUUUGUGUUUCUUCCUCUCUUCCCCAGCCCUUUUUGUAUGUGUCUCUUCCAGCCACCCACCUGUGUUGUGUCUGACCUCCCAUCAUAUAGUGUGGCCUGAACCAACAGCAGAAGAGAAUCUUCUGUAUCCUCUACCCGACAGGAAGCUGUUUGUUGCUCUAAGCAAGCACUUCCUGUCAGACGGGGUAGAGUAUACAGAAGAUCCUAUACCGCGGUCCACUCGGCAAUGCUAUAUGAUGUGACCGGCAGGAGGGGGUGUGGUGUGCUGUGCAGUGCACUCACCUAGUGCCGGUCACCCAGUGAUUGCGCCUCUGGGUAGGUGCAUCCUAGGCAUUAUGGUUGCGUCGGCCCAGCCCGAACUAUAACUUAACAUUAACCUAAUGCUUACCCUAACAUGGGGUAUCAAAGCUCACACAGUACAGAGUGCUCUGUGGGUGUUCUCUACUGUGUAAUUGCAGCUAAAUAUGUGCAAUUAUUUUGUCCUGAAUUAAAUUUUAAACAAUUUGGUAAUUCAGAAGUGUACAAAUUCAAGAAUCAACAGAAAGCGAAGAUGAAACAAAAACUAACAGAUCUGUAACAAAUGUAAUUGAUUUGUUUCAGAUAUAUUAAUUUUGAUAAGUAUAGCAAAUUUAUAAAAGGGCUUUUCUUAAUUUCGAUCUUUCAUCUGUUUAGCAAAUAGUUCCCUUAUUAAUAUCAUUAAAUAUACAAUCCCAUGUAAGGAUAGCAAAUUAGGGAGCUAUCUACUAAAAAGCUAAAAGAUCAAAAUUAAAAAAAAACUACUUUGAAACUUUGUGACUGCCAAUUUCAUUCAUUCCUAUAGGGCACAUUGUAAAUUUCAAUUUGGUUCUUCCAGAUCGAUAUUUUCUGAAUUUUGGGCAAAACUAAAUGUAAAAAUUAACUAAUUAAAAUUAAACAAAACUAUUUUUUCUCAAGUGCCCACCUGUAAUUGCAGCAGCAUGCUGUCCCUGUCUGUGGCAACGCCCAGUAUAAAUUAAUAUUAGCAUGGGGGCAUGCAGGAAGACCAUAUCUGGCUCUUUUCAGACCAUUUCACUGUCUGGGAGCUGGAUGAGCGCAAUCACUCAGCCAUAGUGAUAUAAACGGAUAUAAAAGGCUAUAUGCAAUGCUCACUGUGUGCUGCAUGCUGCUCAUCUAUUAGUCUGGGGCCAAUCAGUAUGACCCCAGCUGAAAGAGGUAUCGAUUGAUCAACCCUGCUCACACCAAAACUGCAGGAUUUUCUAUGCCAUCCUAACAGCGUUAAUGCCUGUUAUUUUCAAUUGUUCCAAAGUGGCUCUUGCAUUGGAGAAGGAAGGUGACUGAUUGUGACUUAAACAAAUGAGCUAUUUCUAAACAUCACUGGACUGUAUUAAUGCCAAAAUCUAUUGUCAAUUUGUUGUAUAAACUUACAAACAGGAUGAUGAAAUUUCAUAAUGCUACAUGAAAAAAUGUUAGUAGAUGCUAAGAUCACCAUAAUCACUGCUCCAUAGUGGUUAUGGUGCCAGGUGUACCCUGGUGCCCCGUCAUAGUAAGGACAUCGUACCUGUGGUCUGCUGGUAACCUGUCCCUACCUCCCUGACAUCUUAAGGAGAGUUGGAAGGUACUGAAUGACUUAUCUCCUUUAGAAUAUAGAUUGGGAUACAGCCUUGUAUCUUGUUUUUUUGUUCAUUCUGUAAAAUACACUUAUCUUACAAUCUUCUCUUUUCCACCUACCCCAUUCAGGUGUUACAGAUUGGACAUACUGGUUUAAUGUAGACCACCCAGGAGGUGAAGGAGAUUAUGAGACAGUCGAGGCAGUUCGAUUUUAUUACCCAGAUCAUAUGUGUUCAAGGCCAAUUAACAUUGAGGCAAGAACAGCAGAAUGGGAAACACCUGAAGACACAAAAGAGGUGGUGCAUUCAAACGCAGAAAAGGGCUUCUGGUGCAUCAAUAAGGAGCAACAAAGAGGCAGGAACUGCUCCAACUACAUUGUCAGAUUUCUGUGUCCUCCAGGUAAAUGAUUUGGAACACAUGUGAAAUGUCGCAACUUGUGUAAAUUUAAAUAGUAUUUCACAAGUAGGUUAUUAUCUAAGUAUACAUUUAGUUUAUCUCCUGCAAAAUAUUUUUUUACCGUUAAUUACAGCAAACCUCUCAGUCUGCCCCAAACCUUUACAGUAGGAUAGAGAUUUUUAUUGUUGGCAUGCUGUGCCUUUUCUUUCUUCCAUACAUAGUGCCAUGUGUUCCAUCUAAACACUUCAACUCUGGUUUAAUCUGUCCACAGAAUAUUUUGUCACUAGCACUGUAGAACAAUGAUGAACCACAAAACAAUGUUUCUUUUUUUAUUUAAAUGGCUAUAGUGCCUACAGUAUCUCUCUAUAAAGGACAUUCUCAAGGUGAGAGUAGCUCUGCUUAAAUGUUCAUAAUAGGGAGAGAUCUUCAAAAGAAACUGGAGGCUUGCCUUUCACUGCAGCUAAUAGAUGUUACUCAUCGUCAAGGGAUUUCAUACGUGGGAAUAGCAUCCAAUACGCCAAUCCAUUGGAGGAAGUUUGGUCAUCCUCUUCCAACAGAGAACAAAAAUGAUUCUCUGUUGUGGGAAUAGUAUAGAGGGGGUCCAAUUCUUGAUCCGCAGGCGAGGAGGAAGAACUCCUGACACGCGGGUGGAGAUAUUAGGCCUCUGAUUCGAGAGCAGUAAGUCCCCAAUAUAAUAGGUUUUCUCUUCCAUACCCUGCUUUAGAUUCUUAGAUUGUUUCCCCAUGAGUAUAGAUAUUGAGUACAGCCCAAAAAGUAAAGUAAAAUAGCCCUCAGUACUGCAAAGAUCUCCAAAUUGCUAACAUAAAGCUCAGAGUUCUUGGUAAGUGCGUCUGAUCACUGCGGCGGUUAGCUCUGCCCCCCCAUUCUUGUAUUUUUUUUUACUAGAGCAGGUCUAACUAACAACCCAAUUUUGUCUAAUCAUUGAACUCCAGGUUGGCCGGUUCCAUUCUCCAGUUUGCUUAGUCUAGGAUUCUCAUACUUUUUCCACUCUGCACUGUUAAGUUUUACAAAGUCAGCUCAAUGAAGACAUAAACGUAAUUGUUUGUCUGUUAUUUACUUAAUCACGUUGUGUUUACCUAUUGCUGUGAUUUAGUUGACGAUCAGAUCAAAUACUGUGACCAAUGUAGGCAGAAAGCCACAUAAUUCAAUUCAUGGUUUAUAGCCACUGUUUACAUUUAUGUGAGUGUACGUGGCAUUUCAGUAAGAAAUAGGUGGCGAUUCCUGAGAUCCUGGCAGACAGUUGAAAAAUCAGUUUCUCGUAUCCUCUACCAAUGGUGACUAUUAAAGUGAAAGUUAUAGAGGCCUCUCUAAAUAAGUCUUAUAUAACUGAGAAUUAAUAUUUCAUAAUUGCCUUGAUAUAUCAUGAGAUUACUUAGAUGCUUCCAAGUCCCAGAAGAUGUAUAUAGUCUGCAGGCAAUAACACGCUUUGCGUUUUAAUUUGUGUGGUGGGAUGCACUAAGCAGUGACUCGUGCCCUCUUCUUAUUUAUUAAUCAGUUUGUUAGUUCAAUAUCCUCAGUGAGACAACUAUGUCUCAAAAGCUGGUUCUAAUCCCCAAUAGAAGAACCUUUCAUGUGACUGCAGAACAGUGCCUUCUUCAAUGCAAGACAAAAUAAACUGCUUCAUUGGGUUCUAUAGUCUGCAGGAUGCCCGCAGCAGCUACUCCUUGGGCAUUGCAUUCAAGUUUAAACAGUACACUAAUGGAAGGGAGAAAGUAUAGAAUAGGGGGAAGGUUUGCAUAGACUUUAUAAAUAAUGGAGAGGUUUAAAGAUGUAUAUGAGCGAAAGAGAGCAGUCUGAGAAGGGAAUGGUGAGGUUGGGUGGCAGCCUGCGAAGGGAUUAGACAGAUUGGGUGCCAGUCUCUGAGACUAUGGAGAUUGAGUCUGCGAUGAAAUUAUGAAGGUUAGGAUCAAUGUGUGGAACAAUAAGAGAGAUUAGGUUGUAUAAAGGGAGUGUAUGUUAGUAAUAAUCUCUUGUGUCUAGUCUGAAUGCGUUGGAGGAUUUACUCUUGCUGGUAACAUUUAAUUGUCUGUCCUCUAUGGUCUAUGUGGUGCUGGAGAGAUUGUAGGAUAUGUUCUUGUCUUGUCUUUAAAUUUGAGGGCUAAUUGCAACCCCAGCACACUUCCUAAUGUAUAUUCUGUGUAUAAAUUAGGUCUGGUGGCAAACAAAAUUAGUCUUUACUUGAAGGCAGCACUGUGAGUGUGCCUGCAAGUAGAAGCCCUAAGAAUAUGCCUAAAUUCACCUGCCUCCCUUCUUCCCUAGUGGCAGACUUUAACCCCUUAAGGACCAAACUUCUGGAAUAAAGGGGAAUCAUGACGUAUCACACGUCAUGUGUCCUUAAGGGGUUAAAGAGCUCCCUGCCUCACUAACCAUUAUACUCUUAAUAGCUCCACUACUUUGUCCCCUCCCCUUAUUCAACCUCUACUACAUCCAGUAGAAUCCUUGAUUAUGCAAGAUACACCAUGCCUCUAUGACUGCUUUGUUCUUAGUAUGUCCACUGCUUGUUCCCUUCACUUUUCCAUCUCCGUUCUACACUUCUAUACUCUCCGGCAGGCCAGCCCUUCCUCCUACCCCUCAGAUUGGCAUAUUUGUGUCACUUGUUAUGCAUGCGUCUACAGUACACCAAUGCUUUUCCAUGAGAAGCAUUUGAUUGAACCACAACCAGGAAGAAGAUGAAGUGGAGUGACAAGGAAGGAAGCAUGGAAAUAAUUGGGGAUUUUCAGCUCCCAGCUUUGGAUUCCAAUUAAGUUGUUAUUUUUUCCCACAGGUUAUUUGGGCAAAAAACAUAGGGUGGAGGAAAGACCUUAAAGAGAUAUAGAUAGAUAGAUUGCUGCUGCUGUUCUAAUACAACUCUGCUAAACAGCUCUGUUAACAGUGUAAGUGACUGUGUUAUAAUAUUCACUAUGUGAGAGUGACAUUGUGCAGUUCUGCCACUUGACAUUUUAUGAAAAACUGUACUGAUUUCAUGUUGGAAUUUUGAUCAAACUCUAUCACAAUCAAAAUAUAUCACAAGACAAAAUGAAAAAAAAAAUAAUGAUCUUGCAAAGCAUCAGCCAUGACUACAAAGCUGCUGGGAACAGACAUCGUAUAGAAUAUAUAUAAUCUACAGAUGAUCAUGCAGUAUCACUGGAUUUUCCACAGACCCUCAUUUUUUUUUUUUUGGGGUGGGGGGGGAAGCUUGCCUAGUGCCACUGUAAAGGGACACUAUACUCACCACAACAAUUUUAGCUCACUGAAGCAGUUUUGUUGCAUAGAUCAUACUCUUGCAGUCUCACUGUAACGAUAACUUACCUUUCCCCGCCGGACCCGCGCAGCGCGGCGUCCUCUUCCAAUACUUCCGGGAGACUGCUCAGUCUUUCUGACACCGGCCCAUUUUUAUGCGCGCCGACGUCAGCAAAAUAGUGCCGCCAAAAUUCAAACGUGGCCACGCUCCCUGACCUUUUGGGGGCAUGGUUUUAAAGCAAAAGAUCCCACACUAUAAAAAGGCAACCAUGGCAUUUGUUAGGCGUCCUAGUGUGGUUCUUGUUUGAGUCCUCUAGCGCUCUUUAUAUUCUGAUUGUCUUUUUGGUAUCUUACUCUUGACUUCCACUCUGUCUAUUCUGUUCUCUGGUUUCCCCAUUAAUUUUGGCUUGGAUUAUCGUGUGCCCAUCUUCUGUAUUCCCUUGACCUCUGGCUAUUCCUUUGACUACUCUCAGACGCAAGUCCGGCCACUCUAAGGUCCGGUAAACGUCUUCCUCUGGCUUUCACUCUGUGUGAAGGGGUCACUGUCAUGACACUCACUGCUCAAUUCUCAUCUAUUUAAGAGUUAAAUCAAUUUGUUUAUGCAGCUCCAGUCACACCUCCCUGCAUGUGACUUACACAGACUUCCUAAACACUUCCUGUAAAGAGUCAUCUAAUAUUUACACUUUUAUUGCAAAUUUUGUUUAAUUUAGAAUGUAUUAUCUCCUACUCUGUUAAUACCUUGCUAGACCUGGCAGAAGCCUCCUGUAGGUAAUUCAAGUUUAAAUUUAGAGAGCAGGAGAUACAAACUUUUAAAGUAGGUAACAUCUGAUUGAAAUUAAAACCAUUCUCUCCAUCCUCUCUCUUUUCUCUUCUUUCUUCUUUUCCUUGUACGUAUAGCGGACCUAACAUACUAAACGUACCUAAUAGUGUUUAUCCACCUUUCCUGUCCCUUUAGCCAUAGCUGACACUCCUAGCACAAUAUUUCACUCUUCCUUCGUGCGCAUAGAUUACAGGAAGCGUUGGCAAUGUAUGCCUCGGACUCAUGCUAGGGGCUAUUCUUUAGGGUACACAGAUUGGAGGUAUCCACACCACACCCAUGCUGGAUGGAUAUAAUCCCAUGCCACCUUUUAGGGGUAUAAUCCAUGUGAAAGACAGAACGGGGAGACAAGAGGAGAGAAUUGGCUGAGAGGCACAGACUACUCCCAUGACCUAUACAGCACUGGGACUACCGGAAAAUGAAACAAAAAUACAUGGCAAAAUGGCAUGGGGAACCCUAAGAUGAAGGGACCGGGCACCUUAGCUAGACUAUGGAAUUAUAAUACCUCUAUACUUCAAUUACCUUCCAAAGGCAGCGCAGUGGGCCUCAGAGAACGUGAUAAUUUGUGGUUAUGCGUUAGAGCUCCUUUCACUGACGUACAAAUGUAAACUGUGACCCAGAAACCAUUAUGUACAUUUUGCAAGGUGAAAGCUGCUUGAGGGAUGUACUUACUCGAAUUUAUGUACCAUACCAUUGUUAUUCAAAUGCUUACCUAUUUCUUAUUUCUGUAUCUCUAAUUAAUUACUCUUGGAAAAGAACGAACCAAUAAACAAAGAUUGACAAAAAAAGAAAUUGAAACCAUUUUGUUUUCAUGCAGGCUGUGUCAGUCUCAGCCAGGGGAGGUGUGGCUAGGGCUGCAUAAACAGAAACAAUAGUGAUUUGACUCCUAAAUGGCAGAGAAUUGAGCAGUGAAAUUUCAGGUGCAUGAUCUAUACACAAAAACUGCCUACAUUUCACAUAAAGCAUUGAUUUAAUAUUUUUGGAUAAGCUUUUUAAAAUUUGAUAUUUUUUGGAUACAUUUUUAAAAUGAUUUAUCAAAAUAAUAAAAUAUCAAAUAAAGCAUACAUAAAAAAUAUCAAUAUAUUAAAAUAUUUUUUUAUAAUAUUGAAUAAUUUGAAAAUGCUUGUCCACAAAAUAUUAAACUGAAGCCUAAAUUGGACCAGCUGUAAAUGAUAUUUAUAUUAUUAGAGGGGGAAGUAAAAACUUUUCUGGGUUUUUCUGAGUUUGUACACUGCUGAUGAUGACCUUUUUUAAUCACCACAUAGAAGGAAAAUGGUCAUCUUGGGGAUCCUGGACCCCCUGCACUAAGACCUGUGGUGGAGGUAUAAGAACCAGACAUCGGACAUGUACCAACAUGAAAACGCCCUGCGUUGGCCGGCCAUUCCAAGUUUGGAAGUGUCAAAAGAACCCAUGCAAACGUAAGGAUCGUCUGAUCUAACCCAAAUACUUUGCUCUGAAUGAGAUAAGAAACACAUUUAUAAGGCCUAAUAAAUUAAACAUCACAGGCUGCCUACAUGUAUGCUGUACAAUCACAUCUAUAUAGUAUUUCCACUUCAUCUUUAAAUUACAGUAUUUUUAAUUUAUCAACCAGUGUGUCUAAAACCUCCAUAAAGCUACUGCUAUCCAGUUAAAACUCCCCAUUACACUCCAACAAUUAUGAUCAAGGUUUUUUUCUCUUGUUGCUGUUUCGCAUACCAUGUUCUUUAUUUGCAAUCCCUUUGUUUACUGUGUUCCACUGAUUUACCUUGUGUAACUUAUAUUAAAUGCCCUCUCGAGAAAUGUGGCCACAGCAAAGCUGUCAAAUCAUGGGUUGGCAAAACAUUACAGGAAAUACUGCAAGUGAUGGUCAGGGUUUGAUACACCUUAGUUAGAGUUUGAAGGCAGUUAUCAGUCAUUUGGAUGCUUAAUGUUGCAUUCUACUUGUUCCAUAUCUUUAAAGUGGUUGACUAUUAAAAAAACAUGCUGUUAUAUCCUUGAACAUCAUUUUGUUGAUUAGAAAUUGAACUUAUACACAGUAUUUUUUUUUUUUUCUUGCUUUAUAACUUGCCACUGGCAAUGCAGUCUGCGGCCACACUAUGGUGGGAAAAGUACUUGAUACCCAAGGGUUCGUCCUACACAAAGCCAAGGUAGCCCUGAAAGACAAACUUCUGGGGUUUACAGAUCUACAUGGCAACUUCAAAAUGCCUAACCUGUGCCUAGAAGGUGCUGUAAAUGUCACCGUAGCUUUGAAUGGCUUCUCUUCUGAGACCUUGCAGACCAUGAAGAAUGACUCAAACAUCUAUUUUGAAGCUAUUUUAAAGAGAAAAGGUAAGAAAAGCAAUUCUGUAAACUGUAAUGAAUUGUUAACCAAAUUGCAGAAUUUAGGCUAAAAUAGUAAAGUGACUAUACAAACAGAAACACUUGACACUCACCCUUACAAUAUAUAGGUACUGCUUGCCUUGGUUAAUAUGUAGAUUUGUCAAAGAAGGGUGCACUCACAGAUCUCUUCUGUGUAUAAACAAAAUAAUGUGAUUCAUUCCAAAGUCUUUACAUUGCAAAAAACUACUUGAUCGAUGUUUUGUAUGGUCACGUGACGUGGAAUAACGUGAUAACUUGGUUGCCAGGCAACCCGUGUAUACAGUGGAUCGUGCAUCCAAACUCACUGAAAUCAGAGUUAAUACUAUUCAUGGAGGACACAGACAAAUGGUAUUGUCAAGAUAUAAAGAGAUCUGCUGGAAAGCUGACCAGGAGAGAGCACAUAAGGGAAAAAUAGGGGUGAUAAAAUAGGAGUGAAUCAACUAUGUGCAUAUAAAUUUGGAAGUGCACAUGUGUAAAAAACAUAGUGAAAAAGAAAAAAAGCAAUGUUUUCAGAAUCACUGGUCCAGCAGACAAGAAUAAUCAUAAUAAAGUAAUACAAUCAUAUAGCUGUUAUUGUGAAAAAUAUUCGGUUGGUUCUAAUCAUAAUGGUUUUCAUAUCUAGAAAUAUAUUAAUAGCACGAAAGCAGAAUCAUAAUGAAUCAUUAAAAAAUAUCUGAUACAUGAGACUUCUUUAUAGGGUCAAAAACAUAUCAUGAGUCAUAAGCAACUAAUUAAUCCAAAAGUGUCAGGAUCCCAUCCUGACAACCAAACAUAUUUUCUGCUGCUUUAUUUACUCCAAUACCUGUUUUCCACCGCUAGUGGCCUCCCUAACCACUAGUCUAAGCUCAGUCUCUCACACCUGCCUAAGAUCAUAUGAAUUGUGCUACAAGAGGCCAAACCCUACUUACCAAAGGCCUUUACAUUGAUGGUUGUUUAUGACAUCUGUUCCUGGCUCAUUCUGAUACAGGAGAACCUGCUUAAAUCUGAUUAUCUUUGAUCCAUCCUGAUUUAUCCAAACAACCUGCUCUAUUUCAGACUGGACUUUGUUUCCUAAUUAUUCCCAACCUCCCAACAAAACAGACUAAUCAUCUAAACUUAGAACUAGGGAAUUGUCUGAUUUCCCACUUAUAUUGCUACAAAAAAUCAAACAAAAUCAUUAGGAUUUUUACAAAAAUAUAGAGCACGGGUAGGCAACCUACGGCACUAGUGCCAUGCACGGCACUCAGGGUGCCUUUGCACGGGACUCAAGGCUGCUAGAGACAAACAGGCUCUGGCCUAUCAGGAGUCCCAGUGAAACUUCAGAUAUCUGCUAAUACAAAAAGGUGGUGAAGGACAAUCCUCAAUUUAUGCAUUGCAGCACGUAGAGGAAGUGAUCUGAGAUAACUAUCUCAUAUCACUUCCUCCCCAGCACUUGUAAAUGGGAAUCCACACUGUAGUAGAGCAGCCUGCAGCUGCUGUUGCAGCUCCUGUCCUUGACCUGUGCCUGGCCCCCACUGGAACCCAGGGAAGCCACUCACACUGCUAGACAUACACAGAAAUGCACAAUAACCCUCCCCUCAUAAAAUAAUACCAACAGCCCACAAACAAACAUGCACACAUUCCGCACAAACGUAACCCGCUAACAAUCCACAUACAUGCACACAACUCCACAUGCAGCCUCUCACAUGCAAUACCCCAAACAUCCCCCACACAUACACACACUACUAAACACACAAUGUGACUUAUCCAUCCACACACACACACAAUUCCACAAGCAGCCCCCAUACACAGCCCACAUUCAUAUGUAUCAUACACGAUACCACAAACUACUCCUGAACAUAUACAAUAUAAUAGCUCAUAUACGCACAAAUCUAAAGAUACAAAGCAAUUACAGUAUAAACAACACAAGCAGAAAACGGCAGCAUACAGACCUUAAUUUAAAAAAAUAGGACCGGCACGCUACGGGACAUCACAAACCUAUAUCGGCACAGUGCUGCUAAAAGGUUGCAUACCCCUAAUAUAGAGUAUACAAUAUCUCAUUCAGUCCCUUAGGGGCCACUGUGCAAAGCAUAUUGGACUAUUCAAAUGGAUACAGUGGCCCCUAAGGGACUGAACGAGAAUAUCGUAUACUCUAUAUAUUUGUAAAUAUUCUAAUGAUUUUUUAUUUUAUUUUAUUUUUUAUAGCAAUAUACCGGUAAGUGGCAAAUAGAACCAUUUCCCCCCCUUAUGGGAUCAAAAAUGUUUUUCUAUAGAUUAAGCCUUAUGGAUUAAUUAGUUCCUUACAAAUCAUGAUGUUUUUGACCCUAUAAGAAGUCUCAUGUAUCAGAUAUUUUUUAUGAUUCAUUACGAUUCUGCUUUCAUGCUAUUAAGAUAUGAAAACCAUUAUGACUAGAACCAACAGAAUAUUUUUCGCAAUAAUAGCUAUAUGAUUGUAUUCCUUUAUUAUGAUUAUUCUGGUCUGCUGGACCAGGGAUUCUGACCACCCUUUUUCUUUUUCACUAUGUUUUUUUACACAUUUGCACGUCCACAUUUAUAUGCACAUAGUUCGUUCACUCCUAUUUUAUCACCCCUAUUUUUCACUUAUGUGCUCGCUCUCCUGGUCCGCUUUCCAGUAGAUUUUUUUUUUUUUUUUUAUAUCUUGACAAUACUAUAUGUCUAUGUGCUCCAUGAAUAGUAUUAACUCUAAUUUUAGUGAUUUGGAUGCAUGAUCCACUGUAUACACGGGUUGCUUGGUAACCACAUUAUCACGUCAUUUAAAGUUAUCCAUGUCACGUGACCCUACGGGCGCACUUCUGGGUUGUACACUGAUCGGAAGGGGAGAACUGCACACUUCAUUGGUGAGUACACUUUCUUAUAUAAAUCUUCAGUCACUUGGUAUUUUGAUCUUGAGAAAGACGCUAAGGCGUCGACACGUCAAUUGAGCAGUUUUUUGCAAUGCAAAAACUUUGGAAUAAAUCACAAUAUUUUUUAUACACGGAAGAGACCUGUGAGUGCAGCCUUCUUUGACAAAUUAUAUAUAUAUAUAUAUCUAUAUCUAUAUCUAUCACAUAUUUAACAACAUCUCACCCUCCUCCACAAACACUACAGCCCACAAUCCCAUGAUUCACUCCCAGUACACACACUGUAUUCCCAGCACAGGCAUACACACACACACACUACUCUCUAUACUCCGUGCAUUCCCUACACAUACUACAUCCCUUAUCUCAUACUACAUCUGCUACACACAUACUGCUUCACCAGCAAACACAAACUGCAUCACUUACACACAUACUACAUCUCCUACAUAUACACACAGACACUGCAUCCAUACACACACACUUUCUCUGUAGGCACUAGAUACACCUACUACACUGACAGAUCGAUUUACACAUGACUGUGGAGUUCUGUGAUACACUACUAUGCAUAUUACUGUAAAUGUGUGUCUGUGUCUGCGUGCUCAUGCCUGUGUGUGCUUCUGUCUAACUAUCUGUGCCUGUUUAUGCCUGUCCAUGUGUGUGUUUGUGCAUGUCUGUGACUGCCUGUGUGUGCAAAUAACUGUGAGUGUGCCUUGCACAUGUGGAGGGAUAGGGUAGUAGUUUGUGGAAAGGCCAGGGGUAGAGCUAUAGGAAGGGGUCAGCAAAUUAUUUUCGGGCUCAACCCCCAGGUGUUUUUUGAUCCUAGCAAUGCCCCAGGGGUAAUAUUUUUGCUAUCUUGUAUUAUGAAAUAUGGGGAGAAGGAGUAAACAAUAUUUAAAAGGAGAUUUAUCCAACAAUGAAAGGAAAGAGUAAGUGGGCAACUGGCCACUAACUUACCCAUUCCACCCUGACAAGAACAAAGCUUUCCCACACAUCCAGGCAGAUGAAGAUGCAGGUGGGUUUGCAUUUAUGGCAGUGGAAGCUGUUACAACAGUAGCUUGUACACUUGGUGCAUUAAUGCUGAUAGAAAUGGUGUUGAUGCCAAUACAGUUGAUUUUGAUUGUGGUAGUGGUGCAGCUGGUGAGUGAAACAUUUACAGUGUUAGCACGUGCAGCUAAUGCCACAACGGUAAAGCAGACUGAGAUGGACUUGGAGAAGAUGGAGGAGGCCAGUGCACACUAAUUUCUAGAGCAGGGGUAGGCAACCUUUUAGCAGCACUGUGCCGAUAUAGGAUUGUGAUGUCCCGUAGCAUGUCGGUCCUAUUUUUUUAAAUUGAGAUAUGUAUGCUGCCGUAUUCUGCUUGUUAUUGUUACUGCAGUUGCUUUGUAUUGUUGUAUUUGUGUGUAUAUGUUCAUUAGUAGUUUAUGGUAUCGUGUAUGAUACAUAUGAAUGUGGGCUAUGUAUGAGGGCUGCUUGUGGAAUUGUGUGGAUGGCUAUGUCACAUUGUGUGUGUGUGUGGGGGCUGUUUGGGGUAUUGCAUGUGAGAGGCUGCAUGUGGGGUUGUGUGCAUGUAUGUGGAUUGUUAGCGGGUUACGUUUGUGCGGAUUGUGUGUGUUUGUUUGUGGGCUGUUCGUAUUAUAUGUAUGAGGGAGGGUUAUUUUGCAGGUCUGUGUAUAUCUAGCAGCGUGGGUGGCUUCCCUGGGUUCCAGUGGGGACCAGGCUGCCCAGGUACAGGUCAAGGAUAGGAGCUGCAACAGCAGCUGCGGGCUGCUUUACUACGGUGUGGAUUCCCAUUCACAAGUGCUGGGGGGAAGUGAUCUCAGAUCACUUCCUUUAUGUGAUGCAAUGCUUAAAUGGAGGAUUGUCCUUCACCACCUCUUCGUAUUAGCAGAUAUCUGAAGUUUUACUGGGACCCCUGAUAGACCAGAGCCUGUUUGGCUCUAGCAGCCUUGAGUGCCGUGCAAAGACACAUCGAGUGCCGUGCAUGGCACUAGUGCCAUAGGUUGCCUACCCCUGUUCUAGAGGUUGCUUUCUGUUCCCUGCACACUCUCCUCUUCUAACUCCUCUAGCUCUUCACACUGGUAGUCGAGUAGCUCCUGGACCAGAGGUUAACAUGUAUAUCUACAGUAUUGGGGGAAACCGAAUGCUCAUCAAUGGAUUCAUUACAUCCACUACCCCCUACAAAUACUGGGGACAUGUUGGUACUCCAUGCUAAGUUCCCACUAAAAUGUAGCUCUGAUGACCUUCACAAAGUAGACUCUGCUGUGCUUUCCUUUAAUUGCUACUUGGCAGGGUCUUGACAGUAGUGCUGGUGGUGACAGUAGUGUUGGAGGUAGUAGUGGUGGAAGUGUAAGCAGUCCCUAUGGCUGGGGUGUUCAAACACUCAUAAGCUAUCACAUUACUGCUGGUAGACAGAGGAAUAGGACCCCUACAUCCCUCCGUUUAGUCUUAUGAUUACUAUACACACAUGUAAUACAAAAUAUGCUUACAUUCAAUACAACUUUCAAGGAUGGAUAAAAAGUAGAUCCAAAGCAUUGUUGGAGUUGAAAGAUAGAUGAAGAUCUAUCUUUUAGACAACCUAAAGGGGGCCUCCAAAAAAACCUGUACCAGGGCCCUCUCUACUUUAUUCCACCACUAAACGCAAGGUAAAAAUUGAAUUGGAAGGCUCAUAUUUCUUCUGUGGCUCAUAUGGAAUUUAAUCCACAGUGUAGUAUGUGCCUGGCUUAUGUAUUUAAGAUCAUUUCCCCUAUAUAUGGAAAUUUGCAUAUAUUCCCAGCGUGAAAUGCAACUGAUAGACAUAUAUAUGAGAAGAAGAAACAUUUAUGUCAGCUCUAUGCAAAGUGAUGUUUACGACAAUAUCCUGCUAUUAAUUCAGCUCCAGAAUCUAAAUAAGUUAGAACAGAACAUGAGAGUGAUGGAAUUCUAAUCAAUCCCUGUGCAAGAGAAUGUAGAAAUUUCAAGAACAGCUUGUGAUACCGCAGAGCAAAUUAUCUCUAAGUCGAGGUGAUGCCAAGUGACACACUCCAUCUAAAAAAAAUUAAAUACUUUUUUUUGUUUCAUGAUUGAAAGCAUAACCUUGUCAGCUGUCAGCUUACAAUCCAACGUGUGUCAUUAUUACUUAUAAAACUCAAUAGAAUGAACGAUCACAGGUUAUUUCAUUUAUAUUUGUAUACCCUGGAUGGGUCACUGUAUCUGAACAGUUGCAUCGUCCGUGUACCCAGGGAUAAACUGAUUAGUCUCUUAAGUGUCAGUACAAUUUGAUAUGACUUUGUAGAAUCAACUAAUAAAUAUUCCAGUUUAUUUGGGGAAAUCCUGCUCUCAAUGACUAGUAUCUUGCAGUUCAAUCUUAAAGUGUAUCAGUCUUGUAUGUAUGUAUGUAAAAUAAAUCUUGGCUAUUAGCUACGAAGAUAUGUAAUGUCCAACUGACUUGGAUUCAGUGGUGGAACUAAUGUAGAGGGCCCUGGGGUUUUUGCCCCCUCCACCCCCCCAACUUCCACGAUGCUAUGCCAGCUAUAGCAUUUUCCUAUCCUUGCAGGGUUUUAUUUGUGAGCAGUGUUUGUGCGUUUGCAUCUAAAAAUAUUUUUAUAUAGAGUAUAUAUGUGCAUGUUAUUUGUUUGUAGUGUUGCCAAGCAUGUUUUGUGUUCAAUAUCAGUGUAAAUGCCUGUGUAUGGAUUCUGUACAUGUGAAUUUAUCACGGAUUUAUCAUCACCAGUGUCCAAUAUUUUUGUUUUAACAAAUAAUCAAGUAUUUAUACAUUUAUAAUGCACAUGGAACUAAUAAAAAAUAGUGUCCUCAUAAUAAUAAUGAAACUAAAGGGAUAACAAGUGGGAAAGGUAAGAAAAAAACUUCUAAAAGGAAAUCAGCAUUUUUCCCGUUAAACCAUCCAUGCAUGAGGGGAAGUUCCACAAGCCAGAAUUAAACUGUGUAAUGGUCCUGAAUAAAUUUACUUUAAUGAUGAUCUAUGUCCUUAUAAGAGCUCUAUAAUGUUGCUGCUUUCAAAUCAACUUAGUGCUUGUAUAGCACCAUUUAUAGUGGAUAGUCAUUAAAGCUAUGGGUACCACAAUGUAAUUUCACAACUUUAAUGUUUAAGUCUUUUAAACAUAUUUUUACAGUCAACAGCAGCUUGAAUGCUUGCUGGGAAUGAUAGGAUUUACAAUCAAGUACCUUUAGAACAUAUUUAACUCAUAGCUGUAAGAACUUCAGUGGCAUGUAAGAUAAUUGGCAUUGUGAUUGACAAGCUAAGCACUUUUUUUUUUCCAAUUAUGUUGCUUUUAUACAUUUGGAUGUUAUUAUAUAUCAGAAAAGUAACAAAAAUAGAACAUGAAUAGAAAGAACUCUACUCACUAUUGUUUAACGCAUCUUAAAAGCAACAGUUUAAAUUAAUUGCAUUGAAGAAAAAGUUCUCAAUAGUAGUAUUAACUGGUCAUGUAGAAUAUAUCCCCAGGCAUCCUACUAAAUAUGUCCCACAGUGAAGCAAAAAUAUUGUUUUGUUUAAAAAACAAACCAAAAAAACAGACUGUUGACUUGAUAACUGCUUAGAGUUAUUAAAGAGACACUGUAGGCACAGUAACUGCUUUCUCAUAUAAAUGGCUAGAGUGUUUGGAGUCCCUUGACACCAUUCUCCCAUUCGGUGUUAAACCAUUUUUUGUGUUUUUAUGCAAUUCGAGAGUCUUCAGCUCAUCCUUCUGUGCUGUUUGGGAUAAUGAGGACACAUUAGCCUUAGCAGGGAUGAACAGCUGUAAUUGGCUGAGAGUGUCAGCUGACCACUUUCAUUUCAGCACAGCACCCAUUGUGGGUAUGAAUCAUUAUGGAUAGAAGGAAGUGUAUAAUAUCUGCCUCAGCCACACCUCAAGAUACUGGAACCAAUUCAGUGAACUGGUUAUAGUGUCUACAGUGUCCCUUUAAUGAGGUUGGCAAAAAUAAAACAAACACACAUAUUCCCUGUGUUUUUAUAGAACACUUGGCUAUCAAGCGUGAGUGAUUACAAUCACUUUGGAAAAGUGUUAUAGACAGAUCACCUGAGACAUUUUUAUCCUCUCAAAACCAAAAGCAAAAAUAACUUGACAACAAGUUAACAAAUACCAGAAAGCUUAUAAAUCUUGAUAGUGUGCAUGUACAAAUCAAAAACGACAUGCAUCUUGCCAUAAUACGAGCAAAUAAAAAAAUAAUUACAUUUUAAUUAAAGCAAAUAAAGUACAAAUAUGCACUUACACUAUUAUUGAAGCUGAUAGCACAAUACACACACAUCUCCACAACUAGUGUACAGCAACUUUUGAAACCCCUCAAACCGUGAACCUUACCAAUCACAGCCAGACUAUUGCUGGACUUUUCCCAAUCUGGCAAUAGCCUCUCCCGAGCUAUCUGAUUGCUGUGGUUUGAGUUACUUACAGUUACUUGCAACAGGCAUCCAGUGAUGGACUAAGAGUAUCAGUUGAUCACCAGCACCCAAGGCAAAAACUUCCUGAUCACUAUAGUCAUCAGACAUAUAAUAAAGUAUUUAUAAUGCACAGGGAACUGAUAAAGAAUAGUGUCUUCAUAAUAAUAAUAGUGAAACACUAAAUAUGUAUAUGUCUGACAGGAGGCAGUGCAGACAAACCUGGGGGGACAGUUUUGGGAUUAAACCAUUUGAAAAUAGUUCGACCUCCUAAGGUAAGACUGUGUUAAGGGACUCAAGCCCCCAUAAAGAUUUAAUUGAUAUUAAAUUGUUAUGGUGGCUAGAGUCCAGUCAGAGUAUUGUAGAAUAUUAGAUAUUCUAUAUUUCUUUUCAUAUUCAUUAGAUAUGUAUGUCCAAUUGGUUAAACAGAGCAGAUAGAAAUUUGCUAUACUGUACCAUAUAGUCUGGAAUGUGGUGUAUAAUGAGAGGGUUGCGGGUACUCACAUGUCCUUAUAUGGCCAGAGUUGUAUUUAAAGUUCUGACAUCAUUAUAGUCUAUAAAAGAACAGUAGACAAAGGACCAUGCUCUACUACUACUCUUCGGUUGUGCCCAUGACAUUCUGGACAAAGACAAUAACUUUCCAUCGAAGAUCCCUCUCGCUCUGUAACAUUAAGCUUUACUAUCUUUUACGUUUUUACUUAUGUAUUGUUGUUUGCAUUGGGAUUAGAAUAAAUGUAUAUUUUUAUAAAGAUCGUCGGGUUGCGCAUUAGUAUUUUUGGGUGAUAUAGAACUAAAGAACGGCACGCCAUUAAUACAAGGAUAUAUAUAUAUAUAUAUAUAUAUAUAUAUAUAUAUGACUUAUUCCAAUCACCCUUAACAUAUACAUGUUUAUUACACCCAUCAAAAAUCAAGAUGACUUUUCAAUCAUAUUUUGUUGUAGUUAUGCAUUAUGACAUUACCAUCCCUUGCUCCCAUCAACUCCUACUAAUACCAUCCCACAGUGAGCAUACAGGUGUCGGAUUUUCCAUUCUGUGUUUGCUUGCAAAUGAGAAGGUAUUUCAUUCUGGUGUGGUGUUUCUUGCUUUAACAUACCUGAAAUAUGUUUUAGGUACUUGAUCUGCUAUUACAUAUUUUUCAUGUAAUAUUUCUCAAAUCAUUGUUUGCACUCCUAAUAUACAAUAUCUCUGCUGCUAUGCUAGGAGCUCCAUAUAAUUAAAUAAUGCUAUCUAAAAUGAGCUGUAUGUUUAUGGUACUUUCUAUACUCUGCUUUUCACAGAAAAGCCAUAUAUGGUGGAACAUCCAUACUCCAAGAUCCGGAGGGAAGGACAUAAGGUGACACUCUGCUGUGAGGCCACUGGGAAUCCAGUCCCCACCAAGUAUUACUGGUAAUAAUAAAAGGCUUCUGGGAAAGAAGAAAAAGUUGCAUAUUCACCAGGCAGCCUCCCCAAUGUGAUAUAUACAUCACAUGUAUAACAGCAUUUCAUUUUAAAUGUUAAAGGAAAUAUUCACUUGGACAUAAAAUGGUGCUUUCUCAAUCCAUAUGGAAUAUGAAGGGCCUGUUCUUUGAAGAGCAAAAUAAUCUGAACCACAUGUGCCUAUAAAAUCAGUUAGUAGUUAACUUUGACUGUUUUACUAUGCAAUGAAGUAUAAAUUGAACUUGCUGAUGUUAAGGGAACAAAUCUGACAGUAAUCUUUUCUGAUACACGCAGUGCAAUCAGCAAAUUUUCCUGCAAAUAGAAAUUGUCUACAGUUUGUAGCUAUUAAACCGGCAUGUGUAGCUACUCCAUUCUGAUAAACAGAAACGUCAAGUCCUUUAACAGUCAAUUAUUUCUCACAUUGUAGCCUUGCUGACCUUAAUGGACUAUUAUUAGAAUUAGAACAAGAUAAUGAAAGCUUGAAGGAACACUACAGCGUUUUAGUUUCUGCAAAAUUACAAUGUUUUACAUUACAGGGUUAAAACUAUAGGGCCAACUGUACUAAGACCACUUCACCGAGAUGCCAUUAGUGGUCCUUUAACAAAUGGCAAGAAAACCAACAUGAUCAGGUGCAAAGCGAAGUCAUGUCUGAUUUGUAUUACUUAAUGGGUCAAAGACUUGGUAAACGGAUCCUGACGUUCACAUUAGUGACAACAAUGUUGUCAUGUUCUGAAAAAAGUUAUUAAAAGUUAUUCUGUGAUUUCCUACAAAGACUAUCAUUUCUCAGUUUCUAUUGUCGUGUUACUUCUUUAUAAAAGCCAUUAAUGGGUCAAUGCUAUGGUGCAUUCAGCAGCUACAGCUACCCAACUGAAGUUACAGGGUAACAGUUGUUUCCAUAUUCUCUGCUGGAGAAUCACAAGAGGUUUAUGUACAAUCUGGCAUAGACAUCUUUACUACUUUGCUGGAUCUGAAGGCAUGAGGAAAUUCUGACCAGGAAGAGAGGACAAAUGAAGAGCUGACAGGGCAGGAAGGAAACAUACCAGUGAUUCUGUGUAAGGUCUGUAAUACAUUUACAAAUAAAGAUUUGUAAAGUUGGUCUGAGAAAAGUCACCAUUUACCAAUCUGUUGACACUAGAUUCACACAGUGGUGUAUCCUGGUUUUGUGCUGCCCUAGGCAUCACAAAACUCAGGCACCCCCUCAUAGCCCCCCUCCGCCCCACCUUCUAAAUACACAUACUCACUGACAGACACAUAUACACUCCGUGUCAGACACACACAUUCACUGACAGACACACAUACACUAGCUAACAGACAUACAUACUCACUGACAGACACACAUACACACUCUCUAAGAGACACACACUAACAGACACACACAUAGUAACACUCACAUUUUUUUUAAAAAAAUGUUUAAAAAUGCAAUCGCCCCAGCCUCCCUACCUUUGGUAAUUCUGGGGUGGAUUCUCGUUUUCCUUGGGGUCCAGUCAGUAAGUGCAGUCGGCAAGGGAGCACUAAUCCUCCUGUUCAGCUCCCUCGCACACUGCAUAGUGAUGCCGGUGCCGUAAUGACGUUAUAUUCCGGCUCCAGCAUCACCGUGUUGAGCGCAAUGGAGCUGAACAGGAGGAUUAGUGCUCCCUCGGCGCCCGCCCGGAAAGCUCCGCUGCUGCCAGCCUGGGGGCCGUAAGGUGGCCACCAGGCCAGCUCCUGGGCCCUCCAGGACAAGAGGCUGGCAAGGCAUUUGCCAGGGCGAUUGGGGGGCGGCUUUUCUCACUGCCCCCCAGAAAGUGCCACCCAAGGCAAAUGCUUUGUUUGCCUCGGGGGAAAUACGCCCCUAGAUUCACACACACACAAGUUCAUGCUCACAGAUUAACACACACUCACAGAUCCACACACACAAAUUUACAUGCUCCAAUACUCACAGAUUAAACACACACAGAUUAAACAUAAUCACAUAUUCAGACACAGAUUCAACCAGACACCCACCCUCUUACAAUAAAUAUUAAAGUGCAUGUUACUUUUAGCCACCCUAAUAUUUUGCCUAGUAUAUUGCUGCAGUAGGGUGGCUUUCGUUCAGUCCAGAGAUGAUCAAGCUGUGCAUGCAUCUAAUGCAGCAUCUCCUUCCUGUGUGACUUUUGGAGAGCACUGGGAAGAAGUGAUAUGAUGUGACAUCACUUCAUCCAAGCAUUGCUGAGUAGUAGGCUCUCCCCCAGUGGUCCUAUUUUUGGCAUGGGCCUGCCAUUGGAGCUCCAUCAGCCUGCCUCCAUUAAUCGAGCCCUGACAGUACACCAGCAUCAGAGAAAGUCUGUUUCUGGUGCCAGCAGGGUGCUCCAUCAGAUCUGCGCCCAAUGGUGGCUACCCCCUCUUAUCCCCCCUCACUAUGCCUCUGAAGAUCAUUUCUAGUCAGCCAAUCACAAUGAGGCUUAAAUGUGGCUGACUAAGUGGAGAGAGAGAAAAUAGCAUUCACUCACUCUUUUAGUUCAUAAAGGUUCUGUGGAAUGCAAACGUAUUUUUUAAAAGUAUGUGUUUAUUAUGAUAUAUAUUAUGAUAUAUAUUACGGCAUACCAUGUUAUUAAUCACUAACUUAAUUAGUAAUCAAGAAGUAGAGUUACACAGACAUCACAAUGUAGGGUGAAGGCAAAAAAAUAUUUAUUGGAGAUCAAAAAGGACAAAAAAAAAAAAAUACAACGUUUCAUCCUAGAGGCAAUACUCAUGACACAUGACAAAGGCUUCUAGGCCGAAACGUUGUAUAAUUUUUUUGUCCUUUUUGAUCUCCAAUAACUAUUUUUUUGCCUUCACCCUACAUUGUGACGCUUGUUCUCCACAGAGCUCCUACGUAAACAUACUUGUGUGCAGCACUCCUUUGACUUUAUGCAUUAAUUAGUAACCACUAAUAUAAUAAGUACCUUUUUAUAGAUUCUCUUUAUCAGGUUUCUGUUUUUCACAUCCAUCUGCUUUAUUCAUGUAGGUAUCACAAUGGCACGUUGCUGGAUAGAAACGUAUUCAAAUAUGACAAAAGCUUAACUCUUCGCAGUCUUAAAGCAGCCCAGGCUGGGGCAUACCAUUGCAAAGCAAGUAAUGGACUGGGAGCUAUCAAGUCUUCCAUUGCACAAUUGACCAUUUUAGGUAAGCAAAACUGAAAACAUGAACCAAUCAUUCAGUUAAACAUAGGAGACUCAUCUAGGGUGUGGCAUGCUGUACAAGAUAAGAGCAAGUACUGUAUAUAGACAUGAAUAGCAUUAUAUAUGCAUUUUGCUCUUACUGACAGCAACUCUUUGAAUGUUAUUCAAUUAAAGGAACACUAUAGCGCUAGGAAUACAAACCUGUAUUCCCAACUCUAUAGUGCCCUAUAUAAAUUCAGUUGUUCCCCCUUUUCCAAAAGUAAAAAAAAAUAGGGGAAAACUGCUUUAAACUUACCCUUUUUCCAGUGCCGAGUCUCCCACGGUGCUACUGCCUGCUCCACCCCCCACAACACCAUUAUGGAGGUGUUGCUUCCAAUAUGAAUGUCCACUCCAAUGCUUCUCGUGAAGGAGCAUUGGGGACCAGUUGCGCGUAUGGUGAAUACUGUAAUACUAAGUGAUUUGAUUUACUAUAAACUUCAGAUUGCAUUAUUGGGCACGUCUGUAAGCUAGGGGAGUCUCUUCAUUUCUUACACUUCCUGAUUCUCAGCCAUACCUCUGAGAGUUGUACUACUAGCUUUUAUAUUUGCACACCGUUUUAUCAGCUUGGAGACCGUAGUUUCCGCCUGCACUGGGUUAACAUUUGCAAAACAGUGCAAAUGUUCUUCUGAAAGUGUAAUGUCUCCUAUUUUGUUUUGUAUGUGUCUGGUUUUCCUAUUGUCCACUGACACCUCUGUCUAAGUGAGGUCAAGGAGGGGAGAGAAAAUGCCACAUUUAUAAGUAGAUGAAUAGGCUUGUUUGGUUGUUGAUAUGCUUCCUUGAAGUUUGGAUUAUAACACCAACAGUUAAUUAUAUACUUCUUAUUUUAUUGCAGGUAAAGGUGAAACUAGCUGUAAGAGAUCACCAGAAGAACACCUUAUAAAGCUUCCUGUUGAUUGCUUUCAAACAAAAACAGGUUCUCACUACUACAAUGUAGGCAAGUGCCCAAAUAAUCAAUGUGUGGGGCAAUUGAGUUCAGAAUUGCUGUGCAAAGACAAGGUAGACUACUGCUGUGGAGUAAAGCGAAUGAAGUUGCAGCAUGUGAGAUGUCCUGGAUAUACCUUACCAAUUAUGGCAGUGGUAGAGUGUGGCUGUGCCCAGUGUAUACAACCCAAGAUUUUGAUAAGAGGAAGGGUAACUUCUUAUGACAAUGGAGAGCCACUAAGGUUUGGAAAAAUUAUAGUAAGUGGAAAAAGCAAGGGCUUUACUGGAUAUAUGGGAGAAUUUACAUUAGAAGUACCAGCUGGAACAAAAAGAUUAGUGGUAACUUUUGUAGAUCCUCAGGAUACGUUUUUGGAGACCAUCAAAGUGUUUCCAUUUGAUCCAAAGGGUAAUACUGUGUUCCAAGAUGUGAAAGUGAUGAGAAAACAUAAGCCAGUUGAUCUGGACCCUACAAUAACAAAUAUAAUUUCUCUUGAGGGAUUUGCAGAACAGGAGCCUAUGGGGGAGAUAGUAAUACCACCUAAUUCUUUUACCAAAGCCAAUGGUGAAGUCUAUAUGGAUGUUGUGAAGGCCAGUGUGACUUUUUUGGAUCCACGGAAUUUUAGUACAGCCUCUGCUGCUUCGAGUGAUCUUAAUUUUGUGAACAGAGAUGGAGAUAUUUCCCCACUACGGACCUAUGGAAUGUUUGCUGUGGACUUUAGAGAACAUGACACUCAUUCCCAGCUGCACACAGGGAAGGUAGAGGUGCGGCUGAAUACAGAGCAAGUUAAGAUGCCCCAACAUCUUGAGAAAAUAAAGCUUUGGUCUUUAAAUCCAAACACUGGAUUAUGGGAAGAGGAAACUGAUUUUAAAAUGCCAGAGGGAAGCAGAAGGAGACGGAGAGAAGAAAGGGCAUUUUUAAUAGGACAAGUAGAAAUACGAGAAAGGCGUCUGUUCAAUCUCGAUGUUCCAGAGUCUCGGCGGUGCUUUGUUAAAGUUCGAGCAUAUAUGAAUGAGAAGUUCAUACCUAACGAACAGUUAGAGGGAGUAGUGAUAACUCUUAUAAAUCUAGAACCUAUGCCAGGAUUCCCAUCUAACCCAAGAGCCUGGGGACGUUUUGACAGUGUAAUCACAGGUAGGAAUGGGGCCUGUCUACCAGCUUUCUGUGAUGCUCAACAGCCAGAUGCUUACACUGCUUAUGUUACUGCUACAAUGGGAGGUGAAGAGUUGGAAGCUGCUCCGUCAUCUCCCAAACGUAACCCCAAUGUAAUUGGUGUAUCUCAACCAUACUUGACCAAACUCAGUUACCAGCGAACUGACCAUGAAGACUCUGCUGCAAAAAAGACAGCCUUCAAGAUUAACUUAGCCAAACCAAACCCAAACAAUUUUGAAGAGAAUGUUGGCCCACUAUAUCAUUAUCGAAAUCUGCAUGGUUGUGAGGAAGCCCCAGUUUUAGAUAAUCAUUUCAGGUUUUAUCGAGUAGAGGAAGAUAAAUAUGAGUACAACGUGGUUCCAUUUGAUGAAAGUGACUUGACUUCAUGGUCUGGUGGCUAUCUGUCCUGGUGGCCUAAUCCACAAGAAUUUCGAGCAUGCUACUUGAAAGUAAGAGUCCAAGGUCCUCAGGAAUAUAUGGUCCGUUCUCGGAAUAUUGGUGGGAGCCACCCGAGGACUAUAGGUCAACUGUUUGGGUUGAGGGACACCCGGAGUGUUAGAGACCCAGCAGGAGAAAGCAGCUCCGCAGCCUGUGUAGAGUUUAAGUGCAGUGGAAUGCUCUAUGACCAGAGUUUAGUAGAUCGCACACGGGUUAUUGUGACUCCUCAAGGUAGCUGUCGUCUUGUGGAAGUCAACAGGCUUCUAGAGGAGUAUCUUGUACGUCAUCCUCCUAUGGCAAUUGGAAAUGAUACUGGAGAAUUUAAUAUGUUGGCUCCUGUUGACCCCUUAGGUCAUAACUAUGGAAUUUAUACUGUCACUGAUCAGAACCCACGACUGGCUAAAGAAAUUGCAAUUGGACGCUGCUUUGAUGGCACAUCUGAUGGUUUUUCCAGAGAGAUGAAAGCCCUUAAAGGUGUAGCACUAACAUUCCGAUGCCAGGAAAAACCUAUUACUCGAGAGAGUUUUUUCCAGCGCUUGCUUAACAAUCCAGGAGGAACUGUUCGAGAAAUCCAAAGUGGGAUGCUAGAGAAUGAACAACAGAGAGUGCAAGCUGAAAGAGUGCCUUAUCCUUCUACAAAUUCAUCUUCCUCCAGCCGUAUCAGAAGGCCAGUAACGACUGAGAGAAGAAUGAGACAAUUUCAAAAAAACUGAUGUGAUAGCCAAAUAACUAACAAUGGUAGUCACGUCAGUACCCCAGGAUGUACUUGAAAAACAGAGAGAGCUAAAAGUGCCAUUGCUGGUUAUAUGAUUUCAUAUUACUAUUAUAAUAAAAACCGUUUCACACAAAUAAUGCUAAGUAAAAUCUCUGUCACUUCACCCUCUGGCUGUAGAAAUAAAGUAAUACAAUUAGAUUCUAAAUGUCAGCAUUAUGUUGCUAGACAUUAACUUGGAAAUGAUUAAUGGAUAACAUAAUGAAAGAAUCAAAACUAUUAUAAUGCUGAAUAACAUUUUGACCUAAAGGGUUUUGACCAAUGAUAUGAUGGAGAUUAUUAUUUUAUAAAAGUGCAAAGUUUUAAAAAUGCAGUAGUCACCAUGGAAAUUAGUAGAACCAUUUAAUUGAUUGCUCCACUUUAAAUACUUUGCCCUACUCUUCUUUUAGCAAAUUUCUAUGCAAUUCAUCCAAGAUGUCUGAGUGUAUUUGCACUAAUAUCAAUUUCUAUGUUAGUGGAUUGACGUUGUUACACUGUAAUUAUACAGAUGAGGCAAAGCUGUGCAAUAUCAAUAAUUAAUAAUCUCGGCAACUCAGAUGUCAUUCAACUCUAUUUCCCUUCCUAUACUAGACUCUGCCAGCCUAACUGUUUUAGCUAUAACGGUGUUACAUGUUCAUAUUGGGCUAGACAAUAAACUUCUUUUUAAAGGAUAUUAAUGUCAAAGCUUAAUGUGAUUUUUAAUAAAGGGUUGAAAAUGGGGUGUGAAAUGGUACUUAUCACUCCACAUGACCUGAUUAAUAAUAGACAGCAUGUCUACAAACAGUAUAAUAGCAAUAUUGUCUUUCACACAUGCUUUUAAUUUAAAGGUCGAGAAGACUAGAGAGAGAGGCUUCACCUUGAGCUAUAAAAAUAGAAGGAAGUAAAGAAUUUCCAAAAACAACAUGAAUUGAAUUUGCAGAAGUAUUUUUCCUUUCAUAAGUAACUGCAAUAGGUGAUCUGUAUUUAAAGGUCAGGACUUGUGUGUUAUGUGCACAGGAUUAAAUAAACUUGUCCGUAUUUUGGAUAUCAAAAGAUGGCAACUGGAAAGAGUCUUGAAAAUAUAUCAGCAGAAUCGGAAUCUCACAUUACACCCUUACAAGGAUUACGCCAAGCAAAGAGUAAUGGCAUGCCUUGUUGGCAUGCCCCCACUGUAAAAAAAUUAAAUAAACUAUCUUGACCAACGUCAAAUUUCCCCUCUCCUCACACAGUGCUCCUUCAUUGAUUACCAUUACCUAGCUAGUUAACGUAGAUCUCAACCUCUCCUAAAUUUUAUCUUGACUUUAAUGGCUGAACCAAAAGAGCAGAACAAACUAUUGAUUAAUUUUCAUAUACUUCUGUACAUAUAAAUUCAGAUAGUGAUCAGCACUCAUGUAUUUUCAAGAAUUAAAAUGAACAAUUUAUUAAGUAUCCAUUAAAAGAUCAACGUUUCAGUCCCAGCAGGGACUUUCAUCAGGAUCAGGCUGGGACUGAAACAUUGAUCUUUUAAUGGAUACUUAAUAAAUUGUUAAUUUUAAUUCUUGAAAAUCCGUGAGUGCUGAUCACUAUCUGAAUUUAUUAGAAUUUUCCUGGAUUACAAGCACCCGGUUAUUAAAUCAUCCAAGCAUGAGUGCAAGGACUUUUCUAUUUUUGCUUCUGUACAUAUAUGUAUAUAUUUAGAGUACUUGAGAUCACAGUAUCAUAAUCUAUUCCGAUAAAGGAAAACAAAGAAUCUGGUUUUGCCAUUUAUUAUCUUCUGUAAUGUAGUGUGUGUGUGU